AUGGGGCCACUUGUACCCGAAUACGGGACCAAUCAAGCAUAUCGAGACCCAAACAGAACAUACAACGACGUAACAAACCUUCUAGCACAAUAUCCCGGCUUCGUUCUCAGGACGGAUGUCUACACAUAUGAGAAUGGCACACCUGCUUUACUCCUCCAACUCGCCGGAACGCUGCCUGUCACGUUUCGCGGAGUACUAUAUCGAUUUCCGAUAACGAUAUGGGUGCCCAAAGCCUAUCCCCGUGAGCCGCCGUUUGUGUAUGUCACCCCGACGCAGGAUAUGCUAGUUCGCCCGGGUCAACAUGUUAGUGGGGAGGGAAGGGUAUAUCAUCAUUAUCUGGCACACUGGUCAGAAGCAUCAGAUCGGUCAACGAUUGUCGAUUUAUUGUAUAUCCUUCGAGACGUCUUCGCGAAGGAGCCUCCAGUAAUAUCAAAGCAACAACAGAAUAUCCGUAUCCCCACGCAACAAAAUGAGCCGCCGCCUCCCGUUCCUCCUUUACCACAAGAACUAGCUAAAACAGUCAGCCCGUCUCCCCCACCUUCUCAACUGCACCAGGCUCCUCCGCAAUUACCUCCGAAACCAAGCCAGGUGGUAGAGCAUGAAAGGCAACAACAGGAACACUCCGCGCAAGCGAAAUACAACAAACCACCGCCACCUUUACCCCCGCUUCCCAACGAUAUCGGUCACCAAAGGUCAGUAUCGCAACAACGGAACUAUGACCAAGUGUCGAACCAUCAUGAUACCUACCAUGCGCCGCAGCGAUCUAGCAGCUUGAGACAGCCCACACUACACUCGCAAAUGGCAUCCCAAAUUCCAGCAUUACCACCGAAUCGAGGCCACCAGCAAGAUAGGUAUCGACCAACUCAUAUGGAUAUGGGACCGGUGAGCCCGGUUCCCGGAAGCAAUGUGAUAACUCCACCGCAUAUCCCCCAAGCAUUCUCCCUCCAACAUCAGCAGCAACCAUAUCCUCCCCAGAGCCCACAUUUACAACCACAAAUCCAUCCCACUCCGCAAACACAGCCAUUAUCUCGUCCUCUUCACGUACCACCGUAUGGACCUCCUCCAAUGUCUCAUCACACUCUGGGGCCACAGCAAUCAGCACCACCAGAGAAAAAAACCGAAUCGCGAGACCCCCUCAACUCACUCUUCGAGCUUGAGCUCCCUUCUCUAUCUUCACCUCAAGUCGCACCGCCUAUCCCACCAAAUCCAGAAAAAGACGCGCUUCUCCGCAGCCUUUCGGAAACCCUCACGCAAACGCUCCAAUCCACCAUCUCCCAAACGGCCUCCAACCUCCAACCUCUGCAGACCCAAUCCCAAGCCCUCCAUGCCGCUAUCACCACCCUUCAAUCCGAAAUCGCCUCCCUGAACUCCUUCCACUCAACGCUGCAAUCCAAUACGUCUAUCCUUCAACAGUCCCUGCAACGUGCUGACGGUGUUAUUGCGGAUGCAAAAUCACGCAUUUCUACCGGCCUUGCGACAAAUGUAUCCUCUAGCGAGCCGAGCUCAUCUAGCACAGCAGCAGCAACGGAACGUCAAACCGCGACAGGGCUGCCUGCUAUUGAUGACGUCCUCCUUGCGCCCACCGUUGUUGGAAAGCAGAUAUAUGACCUUGUCGCUGAGGAGCGGGGGAUUCAGCGGGCCAUAUAUGCGCUGCAGGCUGGAUUGGUAAAGGGGCGGGUGAGUGUUGAGACAUGGGCGCGGUUGACGAGGGGAUUGGCGAGAGAGGCGUUUUUGAAGAAAGCGCUGGUGAGGAAGGCGGGGUUGGGAUUAGGGUUAGUUGUUGAAGGCGAUGGGAAAUAG